AUCGCAUUAGUUUUUGUUGCGUUUUUUUAUUGCGCUGAUAACUACGGGCUUUUUAGUUUUUUAUAAAGGAUAUAAAUAGAGCGGCUUUCGCAGGCGGGGUGGACAAACAUGAUUAACCGCCCAGAGCAGCGCGUGCCAACGAGUGUUUUAUAAGAGCGCGAUUUGGUUUUGAUUUUGAUUUGCCAUUGCCAUUGUUAUUGUUUUUGUGCCCCGCCUUCGCCCCACAAACCGAAAAGGAAAAAACCAAAAGAAGCGUUGCCAAAACGUUGUUAUGUAAAUGCACGGAAGCAGAACGUUGGCACAGGCACCAUCCUCAUCCGGAAUCCACCGCAAUCGGCGUGCUCCGCAGCGGGACACGGAGCUUAAGUUCGGAGCGCCCAGCACCCGCACACAUCACGCGAUUGUGUGAAAGUUUCGCCUUGCUCGAAUAGGAAACUCGGCUUGGAAAUGGCCGCCAAAACGGACGAAUCCUCGCCAGCCGUGGCGUCAAGCAAAAGCAACAGUCCCGCGCCCUCCAGUGGACGCCACCAACUGCGACCCGUGAAGUUCGACUACGCGGACUCAUUUGCCUGCACCUACAUCGUUUCCGUGGUGGCCGCCUCCAUCGCAGAGCUGGCCACCUAUCCCUUGGACCUGACCAAGACGCGUCUGCAGAUCCAGGGCGAAGGCGCCGCCCAUUCGGCUGGAAAGUCCAAUAUGCAAUACCGCGGCAUGGUGGCCACCGCCUUCGGGAUUGCGCGUGAGGAGGGCGCCCUGAAGCUGUGGCAGGGCGUAACGCCGGCGCUCUACCGACACGUCGUCUAUAGCGGUGUGAGGAUCUGCAGCUACGACCUCAUGCGCAAGGAGUUCACGCAGAAUGGCACCCAGGCUCUGCCGGUUUGGAAGUCGGCGCUGUGCGGCGUCACCGCCGGAGCCGUUGCCCAGUGGCUUGCCUCGCCCGCUGACCUGGUCAAGGUGCAAAUCCAGAUGGAGGGUCGACGACGGCUGAUGGGCGAGCCACCGAGGGUCCACUCCGCUGGCCAUGCCUUCCGCCAGAUCGUGCAGCGAGGCGGCGUUAAGGGCCUGUGGAAGGGCAGCAUCCCGAAUGUGCAGCGAGCGGCGUUAGUUAAUCUGGGUGACUUAACCACAUACGACACCAUCAAGCAUCUGAUCAUGGACCGCCUACAGAUGCCCGACUGCCACACAGUCCACGUACUGGCCUCCGUUUGCGCUGGAUUCGUGGCAGCGAUCAUGGGCACGCCAGCUGAUGUGGUUAAGACGCGCAUCAUGAACCAGCCCACCGACGAGAAUGGGCGGGGCCUGCUCUACCGCGGAUCCGUGGACUGCCUGCGUCAUACGGUUGCGAAGGAGGGCUUUGUGGCGCUGUACAAAGGCUUCCUGCCCUGCUGGAUACGAAUGGCACCGUGGUCGUUGACUUUCUGGCUGUCCUUCGAGCAGAUCCGCAAGAUGAUCGGAGCCUCCGGCUACUGAGCGGUGGCUCAAUCUAAUUUUAGGUGUAGAUGUACAUACAAGCAGAUGUAUAACGCAGUUCGUUCAUGUUACUCCGCCUUAAAGUCGGUCAUAAUCCUAUUUUCCGUGCCUGAAUGCCUGAAUGCUGAAUGUCAGCAGGAUGUUGUGCGGCUCCUGGCAAAGCUUAGCACAUACUCUGUCCAUUUUAGUCUGUUAUGCCAGGGGGUUUUCCCCACUGAUUUCUUUCAGGUUUCUUUCACUUAUCUUUUGUUAUUGUUGUUGCCUUAAGAUUAAAAUCAAAACUUACAAUAAAGCAA